CUUCGCCGCCAAAACUCCUGUAGUGCCUUCCCAGCCGGAACGAAAGUUCACUCUGCCUGAGGCAGACGGUAGGAGCCAUCGUGCGAGAUAGUCAGUGGCACUGUGGGUAUACUUAAACAAUGGAAAAUAAUGAAAGAAGAAAGGAAUAUGACCAACAGGAUCGACACUGUGACAGAAAUCAGGAUAUGUGUUCAAGCACAGAUGGAGUCAAUGGCACAGCCUUGCAGAGAAAAGUCAGCCUCAUCAGUGGUAUUUGCAUGAUUGUUGGAACAAUGAUUGGCUCAGGAAUUUUCAUUUCACCCAAAGCAGUGCUUUUCCAUACAGGAGCAGUUGGUCCUUGUAUAGGCGUCUGGGUUUUAUGCGGAAUUGUGUCUACUUUAGGCGCAUUAUGCUAUGCCGAGUUGGGUACCAUGAUCACAAAAUCUGGUGGAGAGUAUUCAUAUCUGCUAGAGGCUUUUGGCCCAGUUCCUGCUUUUUUGUAUGCCUGGACAUCUGUUGUGGUUUUAAAACCAGCAUGUUGUGCCAUUAUCAGCUUAAGUUUUGCAGAAUAUUCAGCUGCACCAUUCUACCCCAGCUGUGAACCACCAAUUUUCAUCAUAAAAUGUUUAGCAAUUGCUGCUUUCUUUUUGCUGGUGAUUAUAAAUUCACUGAGUGUCAAGAUGGCCAGUAAUGUUCAAAUCCUCUUCACGGGUGCUAAGCUUUUGAUUGUUGUCAUCAUUGCCAUAGCUGGAGGUAUUCUACUUGCAAAAGGAAAUACACAAAAUUUCUCAAAUGCUUUUCAUGGAAGCAAGACCUCUUUAGGAGCUUUUAGCUUGGCUUGUUAUAAUGGACUCUGGGCAUAUGAUGGCUGGAAUCAGCUGAAUUAUAUCACAGAAGAGCUAAAAAAUCCUUACAGGAAUCUUCCUCUUGCCAUUAUAAUUGGUAUUCCUUUAGUGACUGUUAGCUACGUUCUGGUCAAUAUUGCCUACUUCACAGUAAUGACGCCAGUGGAAUUACUGCAAUCCCCUGCUGUUGCAAUGACUUUUGGAGACAGAGUUCUGCAUCCACUGUCCUGGAUAGUUCCAGUUUUUGUUUCCUUUUCAACAUUUGGAGCUGCAAAUGGCUGCUGUUUUGCUGCUGGAAGGCUUAUAUUAGUGUCUGGAAGAGAAGGUCAUAUGAUCAAAAUCCUGUCCUACAUUAAUGUAAAAAGACUUACACCAUCUCCAGCCAUUAUAUUCAAUGGAGUUAUCAGCAUUAUUUACAUGAUGCCUGCAGAUAUUGAAACACUUAUCAACUAUUUCAGUUUUGCUGUAUGGCUGUCUUAUGGUGCCACAGUGCUGUCUUUAAUUGUUAUGAGAUUUACUAGAAAAGACAUGAAGAGACCAGUACAGGUACCUAUAAUAAUUCCUAUUGUGGUUCUUUUGAUGUCAAUCUACUUGGUUUUUGCCCCCAUUAUUGAUGAACCGUCAUGGGAGUAUCUUUACUGCAUGAUAUUCAUUAUGAGUGGACUCAUCUUAUAUGUGCCCUUUGUUUACUACAGUUUCAGCUGGGCUCAAAGGAUAAUAAAACCACUAACACUGCAUCUCCAGCUUCUAAUGGAAAUUGUUCCUGUAGAAAAUAAAGAGGAAUAGGCACUAGAAGUUUUUGAAAACAAACUGGUAUUCUUAAAAGGCCAUGAUGAAACAAGGAAGAACCAAUAUUAAAACUAAGAUUGUUAUGAAUUUAAGAAUAUUUUUUGAUUUUUUAAGGUGUGUUAUAAUCUGUGUAUAUAUUUGUUUGUGCAGUAAAUCACUCUUUAGACGACUUUUUUUCAAUUGCAUUUAGAAUCAUCAAUAUUGUGUUAAUACUAGCCAUAUUUUAAAAGGAACUUUGAUGAUGAAUGACUUUGAUGAUCUUUUUCACUCUAUACUUUUGUAGUAAAAAUGAAACAAUCAGCUUAAUUUCUGCCCUUUCCAUAAUUUGACCUAAAAUAGAUUCUUGUUUUCUGGGUGCAGUUUUGAUGUUUUUCCACUGGUGCUUUCAGGUCUGGCCUGUUUAGUCUUGAAAACAUUGUCACCAUCACAGUCAUAUAGCUAAGAGGACAGCUACUCAAUUAUUACCUGUAGCACACUCCAUGCGUGGGCAUUUCUGUUCCUAAGACUUUUUUUCUCUGUAUGGCAUGCUGCAGAAUGGUUGAA